AUGAACGAUUUCGAAACGAUGCUGCACAAAGAUUUGGACAUGCCGAGCACCUACCAUGCUACAGGAAAGGCUAGUGCUAUCCUUGCCAAUCGGAUCAGCUGGUUUUACAACCUCAAGGGCCCCAGUGUCGCAAUCAACACAGCUUGUUCCAGCAGUCUGGUUGCCCUACAUCUGGCGUGUGAGAGCCUCCGUACCGGAGAAACAAGCAUGGAAGCUACAAAGCUACUGGUCUGGUCAGCAGCCGAUGAGAAGACUGCCUUACGGGUUGCUCAGGGUUUUAAGGAUUUUCUUUCAGAACACACUGAAAGCAGAUCGCCAGCGUACCUAGAGGCCCUUGCAUUCACCUUAUCGCGGCGUCGCACCCAAUUUCCCUGGAGAACUUUCUGUGUCAGCAAUCCCAGCCAGGGCCUCGGCAACCUAAGCGUUUCCCCGGCCGUGCAGGUCAAGUCAAAGCUUCAGGUAUGCUUUGUAUUUACCGGACAAGGAGCUCAUUGGGUGGGCAUGGGGAAGGAACUCCUCGACUACGACGUCUUCAGGCGCAGUCUAGAGGAGUCAGACACACUCCUCCACAAUGUUGGAUGCCAAUUUUCAGUUCUUGAAACACUGUACAGUUAUAAGGGCACCGAACUGAAUCAACCAGAGUUCUGCCAGCCGAUUUGCACAGCUCUACAGGUUGCCCUCGUCGAACUUCUAUCGGACUGGAACGUCCAUCCAUUUGCUGUGGUUGGUCAUUCGUCCGGAGAGGUUGCCGCUGCAUACUGUGCCGGAAUCAUCACUAAAAGCCACGCUCUUGAGCUGGCCUUCUUCCGAGGCUUAGCUGUCUCGGCAACAUCGCGAAGAGGUUUCCCAGAUGGCGGCAUGCUGGCGACACGGCUCUCAUCAGAUAAAUGCUCAGAGCUGCUUGCAGACCUUGCAAAUAGUCAGAACCCCGAAACGCGCAACAUUGUGGCCUACCUUGGAAUCACGCGUGGGGGACAAGUUGAAAUCCCAACCAUCAUACCGACAGCGGUCAAUCAUCUGUGGAUAUCGGCGAAUAUAACACAGCAAAUGGUUGCUGUGUCCGCAAAAUCUGUUCAGAGCAGUGCGCGAUGCUAUGAUGUGGAUUACAUCUCAGUUGGGGCUGAGACCGAGAGAACUCUUCUCAUAGGCGAUUUAACACUCACAUCCAUUGAAAAGUCUGCUGCCCCAGCUGUAAACGAGACCAAGGCAAGCACCGUCUCCAUGUACCGUGUCGAAUGGAAGCCCGAUGUCAAUCUUCUUGGCCCUCAAUCUGGGUUAUUUGCCGCCCAGCCAUUGCAGCUAUCCCAAAGUGAGUCAGAAAGGAUCAAGCUCACUGAAUAUGCCUGCUUCCUUGCCAUGACUGAAGUUUUAUACGCAGUCGAUAGUGGCGUGUCAAUUGAUUCCCAGAGCCCUAAACAUCUACAGAAGUACCUGGCAUGGAUGCGACAUCAGACCGGGCUUAUAAGAGCGUCCGUUGGUUGGAAAGAUUGGAUCUCUACACAACCAGCAGGUAGUGGGCUCCAGGAACAGCUGUGGCAGAGAGUAUCAUCAUUUGGACCCGAGGGCAGGCUUAUUGUCAAGUUGUAUAGGCAAAUACUGCCCAUCAUCCAGGGUGAGAUUGAUGCGCUGCAGAUUCUCUUUGCCGACGAAACGUUGGCAGACUACUACAGACUCGAGAACCCUCCUCCUGAAGUUGUAAAGGGAGUCCAGCAGUAUGUUGACUGCAUGGCGCAUGCCAAUCCCAACAUGCGGGUGCUGGAAAUCGGGGCAGGUACAGGUGGAAUGACACAGUAUAUCCUGGAUAUCAUUGGCGGCCAUAAUGGCAGUGCUGCGGAGCGUUUUGCACAGUAUGUGUUCACAGACAUAUCUCCCGCCUUCUUUAAGGACGCCAGAGAGAAAUUUGACAGAGGGGAAAGAAUCAUAAUGAAGACCCUGGAUAUUGAGAAGACACCUGCAGACCAAGGCUUUGAAAUAGAGGCAUUUGAUCUCGUCAUUGCCAGCAAUCGACAUGUCAACAUCGUCAGACAUUCUCAUUCUGAGAAGAGAGAGCUCGGUUUUGCAGCAUCAAAACUGCCUGUCAGCAUCAUGGAUGCUUCUGAACUACACGAGGUUGCCAAGGGAGCUACCAUGGUCUUGUUGCAGACCAUUGACGACUUCGUCUUCCACGAGCUUGACGAGAAAGGGUACCAGGAUUUAAAGACUACUGUGGCAAUGGCCAAUAAGCUGCUUUGGGUGACACGGAGACACAAUAGCCCAAAACCGGAUUCGUUGGGGCAGGACGCUGUGCUUGGCCUUGCACGCUCCCUUAUGUCAGAGAACGAGGGCCUCAAUAUCGUGACCCUAGGACUGGAAGAUAUCGAAAUUACUUCCCGCGCAGCACAGCACAUAAAUGGCGAGGAGAUCUUUGACAUCGGUGGCCGCCUGUGCUUGAGUCGUGUCUUGCCGGCAGAAACAAUAGCGAAAGAGAUCUGGAGCAUGCAGCAAUCCAAGGCCCAUAUGGAUAACAAUGUGCGCAGCCUUGGGAACAAUGAAAUUGAAAUCCAGAUACGCGCAGCUACGAUUACACCAAAAAUUACCACUGGCCAACCUUCUUUGGGCCAGGAGAUAAACGGCACCAUCACCCAGAUCGGGUCAGACGUGCAAGGCACCUUUCAGGUUGGCGAUCCCGUUGCUGCUAUCGUACCGCAUUCUGGCACAGCAUCAAUCAAAGAUCUGAUUCAGUGCCCGGUUGGUCUCGCCCAUAAGAUCCCCGACGAAUUAUACAAAAAGGGAGAAAUUGUUCUGCCACUCGAUUUUCUGAUAGCAUACGACUCGCUGCACAAUUGCGCGCGGCUACAGGCAGGGGAUUCGAUAAUCAUCCAUGACGGGGCUAGUUCACUCAGUCAAGCCGCGAUUCAACUCGCUCAGUUCCUGGGUGCAGAGGUUUUCGUGACUUUCAAUAUUCAGGAUGAGGAAGCUAUAGCGGUUAUGUACUCUAUUCCCGCUUCGCACAGAUUUCCACAACAAGGCCCUAUGCUGACGAUGGGAAUCAAACGCCUAACCCACGGUCGAGGCGCGGAUGUCAUGUUCACCCCAUUGAUUGCGAAGGAAUCAGAUCAAACAGCGUGGGACUGCUUGAAAGAGUAUGGCCGAGUUAUUGAGGUGGUCGACAAGUAUGCACGUACUUUCUCCGGAGCUAUACCUCCCCGGCCUCGACUGUUCAAUCAAAGCAUCAUGUCUGCCCGGCUGGAUAUUCCGACGCUUCUUCAGGACGCAGAGAAAAUUGCAACUAUCUUGCCUGAGGUCAUGCGUCUGAUGGGGCAUAAAUCAGUGGUUCCUGUACAACCUGUCAGAGUACUCACCUUCUCUGAGCUUGAGAACUCCGGUGGUGUGAAGGCUGUCGAGCAAACUCGAUCAGCCAAGACUCGGCAAUGUACAGGAAGCCCUGGAGCAGAGACCUUCCUUGACGAAUGCGCGACCAUGAGCGCAACAACUUUCGCACCCAAGUGCGAUAUCAGUGAUGAAAGAGCAGUCAGUGAAGUCAUCCAGGAAGUACAGCGGCGGAUGCCUCCCAUCAAAGGAUGCAUCCAGGCAUCUAUGGUUCUCAAGUCUGCCAUGUUCGCGAAUAUGACCCUCGACCAGUGGAACGAAGCACUACGCUCAAAGGUGCAAGGCUCGUAUAAUCUCGAUCGCCACCUUCCAACCCAGCUGGACUUUUUCAUUUUCUUAUCGUCCGUGUGCGGUAUGAUCGGCGCCAGCGGUCAAUCCAACUACGCCUUUGGCUGCGCCUACCAAGAUGCACUGGCCCGAUCUAAAGUCGCGAUGAGACAGACGGCCAUUUCCAUUGACCUCGGGAUUGUCGAAGGGGUUGGAUACACGGCCGAGCAUCAGGGCGUGAGCUCCUUCAUGCGCUCUCUGGGGUUACAGCCCAUCCCUGAAGAAUAUCUCCUUUCCAUAUUAGAAUAUUACUGCGACUCCAGGCGUGAAAUCCUUCAUCCCAGCGACGCCCAAAUAGUCGUUGGCAUCAUGAACCAAGACGAGAUGCAGCGAAGUGGACUUGUGCGCUCGCGAUUUUACUCGCGGCCGUUGUGGAAUCAUUUGCAGCGACGCAUGAACCCAACGCUUGGCAGGAGCAAGGUUGUUGCUGCUCAACGAUCGAAUGAGAAGGGCCCCUCAUCGCUCAAACUCCCGACUGCUGCGAGCGAUGAUACGCUUUCGUCUACUAUGCCAGAUGGCGGUCCAGACGCGGUCAGUCGGGCCAUCUGCGAGAGGGUCUCGGAUGUGCUUGCUAUCAACGCUGAUGAUAUUGACCCAGCGAAGCCGUUGCAUAUGUAUGGGGUGGACUCAUUGGUUGCGAUGGAAUUGCGGUGUUGGUUUAAGGAAGCACUGCAGAAGGAUGUGGCUGUGUUUGAUAUCUUGAGUAAUCGGCCGAUAGGAGUGUUGGCUCGGGAGGUCGUGGGUGUGGCUGCGGCUGCAUGAGGUGGGUUACAACUAUUCGAUGGAUGUCCUAGAAGGGGUGAGGUGUAGCUACUAGUCUGAGAGUGACGUUUUCUCCAGUUGCGGCGCUUGGCCUCAUACAUGGACUCCUGUGGCUUAGGGCAACCUGCGGUGGUGUACAAGGUACCCUGUAGUGAUAGUCCGCUUAUUGCGUCAUGAUGAACGUUGUCUUGCGUACGCCCGUCAGGUGAACUUUGAGAAACCUGUCGUUGGCAUGUAGGAGUGGUUGAUCCGCAUUACUCGGUAGCAUAGAUCUUGAGUUCAGACUUUGAACAUCAGUCAUCCGAUGUAGUCAUAAGUAUGGAACGUACACACGGUCGCGGGUUCAUUGGCGGAACCAGAUACCGG